AUGCCCGCAGAGAAGCUCUUCAAGUUCCUCGACUUGUACGAAACUCUCCGCGAUCUUGGACCAGAGAUCGAGAAUCUCUCCUCCACCAUAAAAUCAGAGAUCUACGAGACGAUCAUUCGGUUAGGACAAGCAGCCGUCUCUAUGUUUUGUGAUCUUGAAAACUCGAUAAGGCGUGACGUUAGUAGGACUCCGGUUCCAAGCGGCGCCGUCCACCCUUUGACACGAUACACCAUGAAUUACCUUAAGUAUGCAUGUGAGUAUAAAGACACCCUCGAGCAGGUAUUUUUACAGAAGCAGAAAACUGACGGAGAGAAUUGGGAAUCAUCAUCUUCCAAAUCGGACGACUCUAGAUCCAAAUCUAGGUCGGGGUCUGCCGGAGGAGCGAAUGAAGACGGGACACCAAAAACAUCACCAUUUUCGGUUCAAUUAAACACGGUGAUGGAUCUUCUUGAUGAAAAUCUAGAGAUGAAAUCAAAUUUAUACAAAGAUCCCGCAUUGAGGAACAUUUUUCUCAUGAAUAACGGCAGGUACAUCUUGCAAAAGAUCAAGAGUUCGACAGAGAUUCACGACAUGAUGGGAGUGACGUGGUGCCGAAGACGGUCGUCUGAUCUCAGAAAGUACCAUAAAGGGUAUACUAGAGAGACUUGGGGUAGAGUUUUGCAAUGUUUGAAGCAUGAUGGGAUUCAAGUAAAUGGGAAAAUGGCGAAGGCAGUGGUCAAGGAGAGGUUCAAAAUGUUUAAUAAUGCAAUCGAGGAGAUACACAAAACCCAAAGUACAUGGGUGGUGAGCGACGAACAAAUGCAGUCUGAGCUACGGGUGUCAGUGUCAGCGGUGGUUAUUCCAGCAUACAGGUCGUUUCUAGGGAGGUUUCAACAAUGUUUGACGCAUGGGAGACAAACGGAAAAGUAUAUAAAGUAUCAGCCAGAGGAUAUUGAAAACUUGAUUGAAGGUUUGUUUGAUGGGAACCCAACCUCCAUGACGAGGAAGAAGUCAUAAGUGACAAUGAGAAAAGGUUUGAGGGGGGAAGGGAAAUUGCACAUUUGUGAAAGAUGAGGUAUAUAAGUAUAAAAUGUGAUGAGGAACAUAGGUUUGACGCCAUUUGUUAAGAAAGAAUUAUGAAUGGUUUUUUUGUUGUUUUCCUUUUAUCUUUUAAUUUUGUGUUUUAUUGUGCGUGAUUUUUGGAGGUUUGAACGUGAUGGACUGACCAUGUACUGUAAGUAUAAGAAGAAGCAAGCAAAACAAAUGUUGUUCAGUAUAUACAUGUACUAAUUGUCUAAUUCAGUAUCAAUAGCGUUUAAUACUUUUCUCUUCUUAUUUUUUAGCAUCCCAGUCAUUUUCUUAACCAAGUUAUUGUAAUUUUUUUGUCUAUUCUCGCAUGAUUUAGUUUUAGGAACAUCAUGGUGACUCCUUGAGAGGUCACCCAUCUCAGCACUGCUCCACCAUGAGCUCAUUAAUUUCACAGUGCUUAUAGUAACUCAUCUGUUUCACCCGAAAAUGCAUAUUGUAAGU